AAGCUUUUGAGUGCCAUUGACAAUGACCCAAGUGCCCCAAAAAAUAUGUUUGAUUGAUUAUUCAGUGGACACGGCAUCUCUCCCUUUCUCUGUCACUCUCUUUUUCCUUCUCUCUCUCUCUCUCAUUUCAUGCGCACAUUUUUUUUCCUAUUUCUUUCUCCUAUAAUGUUAAUGUAUGCAAGUGCAAAGUGCAAAACUAUUCUGGCUAUGAUGCUCUAAAAACAUUGCUACUAUCAAAAAGUAGUAUGUGACCAUAAAAUCAGAGAGAAACCAAACCAAAGGAAGAAUUAAAGAUGAAAAGAAAAAAUCUUUCCUUUUUUUUUUUUUCUUUUAAAUGGUUAGCAAGAAUCUAUAUUAUGUGUGUUUGUCGUCCCGGGGCCCCGGACCCACUCCCCUUCUUCUUCCCUUCUCCAACAACAAUGAACACACAGCCACACCCAACUCUUUCAUUCAUAUGGUCCAAAACCAACUCCUCCUUUCUCCCCAUUAAAUAAUUCUAAAUCCCCUGAAUUUUCACACUCUUGGGAUUUUUUUUAAUUUCUUCCUGAGUUGGUUUUUUUUUUUCCUCCCAUAUUUAAAAAAACACUUGGAAGGAAGAAACGAUAAAAAUCCCAGAAGGCCAUUUUUUUUUUAAAAAAGAAAGUUUUCCUUCUUUUGUUUUUUGGGUUUUUGAGAUAUAUAUUUUAUUGGUAUUUGAAAAGGGAGUUUUUCCUUUUUUUUUGGGGUGUUUUUUUAAAGGGGGUUGGGUGAUGCCAACUCCGGUGAGCUCAGCCAGGCAAUGCUUGACGGAAGAGGCGGCGCGUGCAUUGGACGAUGCAGUGAACGUGGCGAAGAGGCGGAGCCACGCCCAGACGACUUCCCUACACGCAGUGUCAGCACUCCUAGCGCUUCCGUCGUCCGCCCUGCGGGAAGCUUGCUCACGCGCAAGGAGCAGCGCGUACUCUCCACGCUUGCAGUUCAAGGCGCUGGAGCUCUGCGUCGGGGUGUCUCUUGACCGGUUGCCGACCACCAAAGCUCAAGAUGAGCCGCCCAUAUCGAACUCAUUAAUGGCCGCCAUUAAAAGAUCACAAGCCAAUCAAAGGAGGCAUCCUGAAACUUUUCAUUUGUACCAGCAAUUACAGCAUCAAAGCAAUAUUAAUAGUAGUAAUGGUAAUUCUUCUCCUCCGUCGAUUUCAGCUGUAAAGGUUGAGCUGAAGCAUUUCAUACUGUCUAUUCUUGAUGACCCGAUUGUGAGCCGGGUUUUUGGAGAAGCGGGUUUCAGGAGUUAUGAGUUGAAGAUUGCUAUUCUGAACCCGCCUACCAUUUCCAGGUUCUCCAAAACCCGGUGCCCGCCUCUUUUUCUCUGUAAUUUAAGCGAUUUAGAGUCAGGCAAACGUGGGUUUAGUUUCCCUUUUCCCGGGGUUCUGGGUAGUGAGAGUUUGGAUGAGAAUUCCAGGAGAAUUGGGGAGGUUUUGGUGCAGAAAACUGCGAGAAAUCCUUUGCUGGUUGGGGUUUGUGCCAAGGACGCCCUUAAUGGUUUUACUGAUGAUGUAAAGAAGGGUAAAGCUGGAGUUUUGCCCAGGGAAAUUGAUGGGUUGUGCACGGUUUGUUUAGAAAAAGACAUAUCAGAUUUUCUGUUGGAUGGAGGGAGGAAUGAGGAAAUGAUAAGGUUGAAGUUUUUGGAAAUUGAUAAGAUAGUUGAGGCUAGUCAAGGGGCUGGUGUGGUUGUGAACUUUGGUGAUUUAAAGGUUUUUGUUGAUGCUGGGGAGUCAGUGGAGGCAGUGAAGUUUGUUGUUUCUCAGCUGAGUAGACUGGUUCAAGUUCAUGGUGGAAAGUUGUGGUUAAUUGGAUCUGCGGCUAGUUUCGAUACUUAUAUGAACUUUUCAACUCAGUUUCCAACUACUGAGAAGGAUUGGGAUUUGCAUUUGAUGCCCAUUACUUCUUCUAAAUCUCCCGGGGCUGGUGUGUCAUCCAGAUCCAGUUUGAUGGGAUCCUUUGUCCCGUUUGGUGGGUUCUUUCCUACACCAUCUGAUUUUGAUAGCUCUUGGAGCAAUAGAAAUCAAUUUCCAGCUCGAUGCACCACAUGCAAUGAAAAGUAUGAGCAAGAAGCGUCUGCUCUGAGGGGAGGUUCCAGAGUUUCAGUUGCUGACCAGUACUCAGCAAAUUUGUCCCCUUGGUUGCAAAUGACUGAGUCUGACAAAAAGAAGAGCUUGAGCAUACCAGAGGCCAGAGAUGACAGCAGAGCUUUGUUAAAUACGAGACUGAUGGCUCUUGAAACUAAAUGGAACGAUAUAUGUCAACGUAUUCAUCGGAAUUGUUCAUUAGAGCAGAAUGUCCUACAUUCUAGGCCACAAUAUCAAAACACCAAUGUGCUUCAGUUAGCUUCAGCAAGGAGUGGAAGUGCUAUUACGGAUACACUAAUUGAUGAGAGAAAACCUCCAGACCACAGUUCCUGCAUGCCCUCAGACUCUCGAAGUACUUCCCUGUCUAGACUAAACGUAUCAAAACCAUUUCCUCAAGAACCUUCAGCUGGUUCUUUAGUUGAAUCUCCACUCCAGAGACUGAAAAUGGGGAACUUUUGGAACUCACCCUAUGCUCCUGAGCCCAUAAAUUCCCGCAAUCAAAAGUCACCAGUUUCUGUCACCUCUGUUACAACAGAUUUGGGACUCGGAACCCUCUAUGCAUCUGGACUGAAGGAGCCUAGUAACCCCAAACUUCAUCAGGCCUAUAACGACCGUUUUCAGAAUUCAGGUUCAGUUUCUGCUGAUGCAUCUAGUGAGAAUGCCUCAAAUCAUGUUACCCAGUCUUCUGCUUGCUCUGUGCCUCCUUUAAGGGAGCAGCCUGAUGAAAAAGAUUUCAAAUACAUAUGGAAGGUGCUUUCUGAAAAAGUUAAUUGGCAAGAUGAGGCUGUCCUAAGUCUCAGUCAGAUCGUGGCCUCUUGUCGAAGUGGGUAUGGACAAAGACGUGGUCCAAACAAAGGAAAUAUUUGGCUGAGCUUACUCGGACCUGAUAAAGUGGGUAAGAGGAGAAUUGCCGCUGGACUUGCAGAAGCACUCUUUGGCUGUUCUCAGAGGUUACUGCGCAUUGAUCUUGGUUCCUUGGGUGAGAUAGGAUGCUCAGACACAAUUAUCAGUCGUGAAGAUUUGAGAGAUUUUGGUGGGAACUUUAGAAGAAAGACUCCGGUUGAUUAUGUUGCUGAGGAGCUGAGUAAGAAAUCUGAAACUGUUAUACUGGUGGAGAAUGUAGAUAAAGCUGAUAUCCAAGUUCAGACUAGUUUAUCGCAAGCUCUCAAAACUGGUAAAUUUCCAAAUUCUUACGGAAGAGAAGUGAGUAUAAAUAACAAAGUUUUUGUGAUUACUUCAAGUGCUUCGAAGGGUUUCAAAGAUUUCUUUUCUGGAAACCUCUGCACUGAAUAUUCAGAGGAAAGAGUUCUAGCAGCAAGAGACAUGCGGAUGCAAGUACAAGUUGGGUGCGCUUCUAGAGAUGCAGUUAGGUACCAAAACACCAAUUUAAAGAUUACUUCAAAUAAAAGAAGUACAACCCCUCUCUCUUCAGUCAAAAGAAAGUAUGGUGAUGAUAGUGAAUCUGUGGAAAACAGGAUGCUACCAGUAUCGAAACGCAUUUGUGAAACCUCAAGGUCAUCGUUCGAUCUGAAUUUGCCUGUAGAAGAUACGGAUGAAGAUGAUGAGUGUAAUAACAGUGACAGUGACUCUGGAUCUGGGAGUUCCAAGGCUUGGCUGGAAGAAUUCUUGGACCAAGUGGAUGGAAAUGUGGUGUUGAAGCCAUUUGAUUUUGAUGCUCUCGCUCAUAAAAUAUUGAAAGAAAUCAACCUGAGUUUCCAGGAAGUAGUUGGAUCCACUUAUUUCUUGGAGAUGGAAUCCGAAACAGUGGUUCAGAUGCUUGCUGCGGCUUGGAUAUCAGAGAGGGAAGGUGCAGUAGAAAAUUGGAUCCAAGAUGUUCUACGUAGGAGCUUUGAGGAAACCUCGCGGAGGUGUAGCCUUGCUCCUGAUAAGGUAAUGAAGUUGACUGCUUGUGGAGGCGCAGUCGUUGAAGAUGACCAUAGUCCCGGAAUCUGCCUUCCUUCGCGAAUACUGACCACUUGAUUCCUGUUCUUCCUUGUGUGUCAGGUUUGCUUGUAAGUAAAUCAUCAUAUAUAUGUGUACAAUAAUGUAGUUUAGUUUAGUAUCUUUGGUCUCGUAUUGUUUGGGGGCUGUGUUGUUUGUGAAGAAUGUGCAUUAUUAUUUAUGAGUUAGAAGAGAAGGCCCAGAAAUAUGUUUUACCAUUUUGCAAAUCAAAUUCUUUAGAAGUCAGAAGAGGCUUUUCCACUUUUUGUUUCUGCAAUUAUAGGCCUCAUAUAUAUACCACAAUAGUAAAUUUAGCUGGUCUGUUGAACCGCCAGAACAUUGCAUUCAUAUUUCAAGGGUCAAUAUCAAAAGUAUGACACCCCCCCACUGUUUAAUGAAAUAUCAAAAGUAUCCCGUAAUUGGCUUGUCAAUUAUCAAAAUAGUCUUUCAACGACUGGAAAUUGAUUUAUACAUAUAAAAUUUAGGAAAAAUUAGUGUCAAAAAUAGUUGUUUGUAU